GUAGAGAAGUCGUUGAGUGAAGUGGUUUUUAGGAUUCGGUAUUCGUACCAUUUACAAAGUAAUCGUCUACGAAUAUCAAUUAAAUAAAAAGCAAAAAAUGCUUAAAUUUUUAAAACUACAAAUAUUCCUUAAAUAGAAAGAAGUAAAACACAAAGUAAACACAAAAUAAUUUAGAAAAAUACUUUAAAAAUUUCCACUCUACAUAUUUAAAACACGUUAAUAGAUAAAUAUAAAAAAAGGAAAAUUAAAAGUGAAAAUAAAUUUUUGAGAAAAUAAAACAACAUUAACAAUACAACUACAUAAUUGGAAUUUGUUCAUCAUUUUCAUCAACUGGGAAUACAAGUUUUAAGAGGAGAUCAGCCAUUACAAACCACAAUCGAAAUGUCAAACGAACAAAAGCAACGUAUUCAAGUGCCCGAUGCACUAAGAGAGGUGCUAUUGGAAUUCUCCAUUGCCUAUCUGCUGGAACAGCCAGGUGAUGUUGUCGACUUUGCCGUUGAAUAUUUUACAAAACUUCAAGAGAAUCGCCGACAAGUAGGAUUCAUACGAGACACGGAUCGUGGUUCCGUAGACGAUAGUGUUAUGUCUCAAGAAGAAGAAGAUGAACCUGCUGCACCACGUUUUUCCACCCGUCGUAAGUCUGUCUUUGCCGAAGCAUAUGAUCCAGAAAAUGAUGCUGAUGAUGAUGAGGGGGCCACUGCCGUAUUUCCCAAGUCAGAUGAACAGCGCACCCGAUUAGUAGAAUCGGUUAAGAAUGUUUUAUUAUUCCGUUCCUUGGAAAAAGAACAAAUGAAUCAAGUACUGGAUGCCAUGUUCGAAAGAAGAGUAUUACCCGAUGAAUAUAUCAUACGUCAGGGUGAUGAUGGUGAUAACUUUUAUGUCAUUGAAUCUGGUACAUACAAAGUAAUUGUUAAUGACAAUCAUGUACAUACAUACAACAAUAGUGGUAUAUUUGGUGAACUGGCUUUGCUGUACAAUAUGCCCAGAGCUGCAACUAUACAAGCUGAAACAGAGGGUUUAUUGUGGGCUAUGGAUCGUCAGACUUUCCGUCGUAUCCUGUUGAAAUCCGCAUUUAAAAAGAGAAAAAUGUAUGAAUCAUUAUUGGAUAGUGUACCAAUGCUAAAAACUUUACAGAACUAUGAACGUAUGAAUUUGGCUGAUGCUUUGGUUACCAAACGUUAUAACAAAAAUGAUAGAAUCAUUAAACAAGGUGAUGCUGCUGAUGGCAUGUAUUUCAUAGAGGAAGGUACUGUGGCCAUCAAAAUGGACCAAGAUGGUGCUGAAAUUGAAAUUUCUAAACUUGGCAAGGGUGAAUACUUUGGUGAACUGGCUCUGGUAACACAUCGACCACGUGCUGCCUCGGUUUAUGCAGACUGUGACGUUAAAGUGGCAUUCCUUGAGGUUGAGGCAUUUGAACGUUUGUUGGGACCCUGUAUGGACAUCAUGAAGCGUAACAUUGAUGAUUAUGAGACACAAUUGAUAAAGAUUUUUGGCAGCAAAAAUAAUAUCACCGAUACACGAUAAAAAGUCUGAUGUUAAAAUAUUUUUUAAAUAAAAACAACAACCACAACAAAAAAACAACUUUGAAUACAACACACACAUCCAAACAUCUACAAACAACUUUACAAAUUGUAAAACAACUGCACAAAUUAAUGUGAGAAGAAAUGCAGCUAAAAUAAAAUUAUUUAAAACAAAAAACGACCAUCAAAAAAAAUAAAUAAUUGAGUAAAAGCUAGAACUACUACUAGUUUAAAACAAAACAAAAAAUUAAAGAAAUUAAUGACAAAAAGUAAGUUAGACAACAAAGCACAAUUAAUAAAUUAUAAAACAAGACUCCUUUAACCCUAAACACAUACAUACAUAUUGAUCAUAUCCUGAUAAUGUGUUAAGAAAAACGUUAAAUCCUUAAAACCAAAACCCAGCUUAACCAACAACAAAACAACAAGAAAAUGUGUAAAUCUAAGUUAAACAAUUUAAAUUCAUUGUAAGAAUGCUAAGAAAAGAACACACACAAAAAACAAAUUUAGAUAAUUCUAUAAUUAAAGAAAUAAGAAUUUAAUUUAUUUGCAUGAUAUGUAAUAAACAACAAUUAUAUAAGACAAAAAAAAACAAUGUUAAGAAAAGAAAACCAAACAUAAUUAACAAUCAAAAUUUAAAUGAAAAAAGCUUCUCGAUUUAUUAUUGAUAGUAAGUGCAUACAUACAUUUUAAAGCUCAAAGCCCAAUUUUACAAAAACAAACAAACAAAGAUAAAUAUUAAAAUAAAUAUCAUUAUUAUAAUAUGGACCCUACUC